GCUGUCAUUUUCCAGAAGCGAAGCCCAAACGGAAUUUUCAAACGCGCGAACAUCCGCAGCUUUAGUCGAGUAUUUACUAAAAUUACUAAUAUCUCACUAACGCUUUUGGUAUGGAUGACUUCCAGAGGAUUGAGAAGAUUGGCGAGGGCACGUACGGUGUGGUGUACAAAGGACGGAACAAGCUGACUGGCCAGAUUGUGGCCAUGAAGAAGAUCCGACUGGAGUCUGAGGAUGAGGGUAUUCCCUCCACGGCCGUCCGGGAGAUUUCUCUCCUCAAGGAACUAAAGCACCCAAAUAUCGUGACGCUGGAAGAUGUACUGAUGGAGGAGAAUCGACUCUACCUGAUCUUUGAGUUCCUCUCAAUGGAUCUGAAGAAGUACAUGGAUAGUCUUCCGGAUGACAAAAUGCUGGGCGAGGAGCUGGUCAAGAGUUACCUGUACCAGAUUACACGUGCCAUUCUCUUCUGUCACCGCCGUCGCGUUCUGCAUCGCGAUUUGAAGCCACAGAAUCUUCUGAUAGAUAAGAAUGGAAUAAUUAAGAUUGCUGAUUUUGGCCUGGGACGUUCUGUGGGCGUGCCAGUGCGCUUGUACACGCACGAGAUUGUGACUUUGUGGUACAGAGCUCCUGAGAUUUUGCUCGGCUCCAAGAGAUACUCCUGCCCAGUGGACAUCUGGUCAGUGGGAUGCAUCUUUGCUGAGAUGGCCACAAGGAAACCUCUCUUCCAAGGCGAUUCUGAGAUUGAUCAAUUAUUCCGAAUGUUUCGCGUCCUUCAAACACCCACUGAGGAAAUCUGGCCUGGAGUCACAUCCCUUCCUGACUACAAAUCGACCUUCCCAUGCUGGACGCAAAAUCAGCUGCACAAUCAAGUAAAGAAUCUCAGCGAUAGCGGACUGGAUUUGCUCCAAAAGAUGCUGAUUUACAAUCCAACAAAUCGAAUUUCAGCAGCGAAGAUCAUCGAGCAUGAAUACUUUGACAAUUGCAAGACCAUACCUCUUCCCAUCGAAUAAAUGAAUUUGCCAA